AUGUCUCGCAGGAUCCAGAUUAAUCACCUCUACUGGGAGAAGGAAAACCAGGGCCAGGGGGACAUCCAGGGUCUGGUGGUUGCCUGGGCAGCUGUGGCAGUGGCAGCAGCAGAGACCCUGGAGCUGAGCUCCUUGUCCUCCUUGCCCUCCUUGCCCUCCACAGUGGCCUACGCGUCCGCGGGCUCUGCCCUGAGCUCUCCCGCCAUGGGUGUGGACGUGGCUCCGGCCCACGAGACAGAGCCUCACGCUGCCAUUGGCACCUCCCACCCAGGAGCCCAGGAAGGUGCCACCAGCCAAGACAAGCAGGACGUGGGCUGCUCCCAGUCUACACUACCCAAGCCCAGUGCUCACAGGGAUCUUCUGAACAGGAAGGUCAACAUGCUGGUGGAGUCCUUGCCGGAGAAGUUCAAGACCAAGGAGCUCAUCACACAGGAUGUGCUGCUCAAGAUCGUCGGCAUGAAGUACAGCCACCACUUCCCCGAGCUCCUCAGGAGAACCUCCACGUGCAUGGAGCUGGUCUUUCGCCUGGAAUUGAAGGAAGUUGACCACAGAAGUCACACCUACGCUCUAGUCAGCAAGCUGGGCCUCGCCGACGACGGAAGUCUGAGCGGCGAUAUGGGGCUGCCCACCAACGGCCUCCUCAUGUUCUUGCUGGGCAUGACCUUCAUGAAGGGCAACUGUGCCAUUGAGGAGGAGGUCUGGGAGUUCCUCAACAUCAUGGGAGUCUAUGCCGGCAUGAGGCACCACAUCUUCGGGGAGCCCCAGAGGCUCAUCACCAAAGAGCUGGUGCAGCAGAAGUACCUGGAGUACAACCAUGUGCCCGGCAGUGACCCUCCCCGCUAUGAGUUCCUGUGGGGCACCAGGGCCCAUGCCGAAAACAGAAAGAUGAGGGUGCUCAAGGUCCUGGCCAAGAUCCAAUGCCAUCUCAGCGCCAGCCAAGGCCGCCUCUCCCUGGCCUUCCGAUCAGCCCAUAAGCAUUCCUGA